UCGCCUCUCCGACGGCGUCUUCCGCCCGACCUGCCAAAGCUGCCAUGCCGGUCUCUGCAACGCGGGGCGGUGAACCAGGGGCCGGGGAAGGUGACGAGCCAGUGUUGGAAGAACAGAUCUCAGUGCAUGAAGAGUUUACCAGCAUUUGUGGAGCAGCUACGCAGGUUUUAAAAUGUGGACCCUGGAAAAAUCUCUGGGGAAAUGCAGGUGUUCCAAGAGUCUUGUUUUUAGUCAUUCCGGGAAAUCCGGGAUUAGCUGGCUAUUACCGGACCUUCAUUCAAGCUUUGUACAUGGGCCUAAAUCGGCAAUAUCCAGUUUGGGUUGUAAGUCAUGCAGGCCACUGCAAAGUCCCUCAUAACUUGGAAAUUGUGGAAGAGGCAGAUGUUCCAGAACUGGAUAUCUUCGGACUUGGUGGACAAAUUGAACACAAACUGAACUUCCUCCGAAAGAAUGUACCCCAAGACAUGAAACUUGUGCUCAUUGGCCACUCAAUUGGUUGUUAUAUUGCUCUUGAAAUGAUGAAGCAAGCAUCAGAAUUGGAGGUCCUGCGCUGUGUGAUGCUGUUCCCUACAAUAGAGCGCAUGGCACAGUCCCCGCAAGGCAAACUCAUGACUCCCUUGCUCUGCCAGCUUCGUUACAUUCUCUACAUGCCAAUAUACUUGAUAACGCUCCUCCCAGAUAUAGUAAAAAGUUCCCUGGUGCGCUUUGCGCUACGAGGACUGAAAUACCAUGACGAUUCUUCCAUCAUGGCUUCUGUAGAUCUGGUUAACAUGGACUGUGUUGUGAAUGUCAUGUACAUGGCAAGUCAAGAGAUGAGGAAAGUUGUGGAGAGAGACAGCACUACCAUCAGAGAGCACUUAAAGAAGCUGACUUUUUACUACGGAGCUGCAGACCAGUGGUGCCCUGUGCAAUAUUACGAAGAGAUGAAGAUGGAGUUUCCAGAUGGAGACAUCCGAUUGUGUGAAAAAGGAAUCCGCCACGCGUUUGUCCUCGAAGCCAGCGAGGAAGUAGCUGCUAUGAUCACAGAGUGGCUUCAAGAUGAUCUAGUCAAACUGUGAACAAUGAAGCAGUGGAUAAAAUCAACAGCCGGGAGACGUUACCUGCUUUGUGAACAUGUGAUAGUACUUGAAAAGGUUUCCUUCCCCCACCUCUCAAUUUUGUCUGUGCAUCCUGACUUCUUUCCUGUUGAAGGUAUAGUAUGACAUUAAUGUCGUCCUGUUGACAGAGUCCUUUUAAAUGCCUUCAGUGUGGGUGUAAGUGCCUGUCAUGAAUUUUUGUCAAAUUCAAAACCAGAUUUAAAAGUAUGUGGCAGUAGCCUCAUCAAUGGCUGCUUAAAACUUAAAUACCUAAAGUCAGAGUUCUCCCAGCCAGUUCUGUGUAUUGUGGGACAAGUUGCCGUUCCCACUGGUAGAUGGUGUUAUUGAAAAUGAAUUCACACGUGCCUGCAAUGUCAAGGCAUUAUUGUGUGAAACAGCCAUGACUGGUCGAGUUCCAUAGACAGGGUUUUCAAGUCAUGUCCAAUGCAGUACUUGAAAAGGCGGUGAUUUUUGCAUUUAGAUACGGGUCACUGAGUACAAAAGGGUUUUUGAGGACUGUGUGCAUGUGUGAAUCAGCCCCUAAGAUCAAAAUGUCAAAGAAUUGAAGUUUAGUACAGGAAAGUACUCCAACAUGAAGCUGAUCCUCUAAUGAAAUAUGUUGCGGCUGGUGGCUGUCAGCGUGCAGUACGGCGCCCUAAAUUCCUUCGUUUGUUCAAUUCAAAAAAUUCUGUUCUCAGAGAAUUGAAUAAGAUUACUUCUUGUGCAGAUACUCUGUUGAAAAAGUAUUUCCAUAAAAUAAGACAGACCAGAAAAAGCCUUCAGUAUGAACCCAUUCCAAACAAUAUUUUAAAUAUUUCAGUGGUAGUAUAAUCAAUCAAUGAAAAAAGAUCUCUUAUCUCCUUGGUAUCAGAGGACAUCCUUUUAA